AUGUCCCACCAUUGCCAUGACGAGCACGCCGGCAGCGGUGGCCACGACCACCACGGCCACAAUCAUGAUCACGACCAUUCCGACGACAUCACGCCCGCCCUGCAGUUCUCGCUCUACCAGCACGUCGACUUUGCCCAAGUCAUCACCCUCAACGAAGCCACGUCAGGCGCCGGCCGCGCCAUUGUGCAGAAAACCUGGGACCAGCGGCUCGCAGAAGAGCCCGAGCUCGCCAGCGACGUCGACGAGCAGCUGCUCAUGCACGUCCCUUUCACCGGCCAGGUCAAGCUGCACGCCAUCCUUCUGCGCAGCUCGGCGUCGCCAUCCGCGCCUCGCACGCUGCACGUCUUCCAGAACCGCGACGACCUCGAUUUCGGGUCCGCCGAGGAGGAGGCCGAGGCCCGGCACGCGACCCAGACUUUCGAGCUGGCGCAGACGUCCGACAUCCAGGAGUUUGCCGUUAAGCGCGCUGUGUUUGGCCAGGUGCGCCGACUGACACUCUUCUUCCCGGACAACUUCAGCGACGGUGAGGAGGACGUAACGCGGCUGAGCUACCUGGGCUUCCGCGGCGAGUGGAUGCAGCUGGGCCGCGCGCCCGUCAACAUCUUGUACGAGGCCGCUGCCAAUCCGGCCGACCACGCACUCAAGGGCACGUCUGUGAACCAGAUGGGCAGCAAUAUUGGCGGUGGUGGUGGGCGGGGGAAGUAG